AAUUUAACGGAGUUGGACAACAAAUAACCAUCGACCAAACGACGUUUAAAUUUAGUGACUAUAAGAAAAAAAAUUUGUUUAGUGAAUUUUUUUUUGAUGAAUUGAAUGAUCAAACCUGUAAUUUAGUCUAAUAGUAUUAGACAAAGACAAAUAGAUUUGGAUAACUAAACAACAAAUAUGGACAUGUACUAGGAAAUUGAAAAAGAACAAUUGUGGACGUGGUAUAAGAGGUUAAAAGGCUUAACUAUCCCUUUCCCAACAACUCGAGUUAUUGGGGCUAAGUGGUUAGUUCGCUAACAUGGUAUCAGAGCCUAGAACCGAAAGGUCAUGGUUUCGAAUCCUCAUAACAACCCCAUUUCAUGCCAAUUCGUUUAGCACAAGGAAUGGUAUGUCCAACCUGUGCAAACUAAAGCCUCGUGGUUUGGCAGCACAAGGGUUCAACCUGUGCAAACCGUAAAAACUGAUGGCGCCAAUUUCUGCGAUGGUUCUGACUCUCAAGGACCAAAACCCCAAAACAAGAGGCCAACUAGAAACCAUUCUCUUCUUCUUUCCCUGACCUUUGCGUGUUAUCGGUGGCGCCUCGAAAUUUCUCUUUCUCCUCUCUCUUUCGCUCUGUUUUUUGUACCGUUGGGGAAAUUGCCCUUUCGCUGUCGAACACAUUCGCGCUUCGGAAAUCGGGUUUGGUUUUAUGCACCGAGCCGGAAGGACGACCAGCUGCAUUCGUCGUCGGCUUAACUGCUUAAGCAACGUCUCGCAAUAGUCGUGGGUUAAUUACUGACUCAUCUUCCUGCUAGCAAGAGCCGCGUUUUUGUUUCUGGAUCUGUCUACCAAUGGUGAUGAUUUGAGGAUUAGAAAAACCCAGAUUCGGGAUUGUGCUUUUUUUCAGAAUUUUGGUGAAGAAACAUCCCAGUAAGUUGUUUUCUUUUUUUUAUCCUUUAACCUUUCAGGUUGGUCUUUUCGAUUUGCAUUUUUUGGGUCUUGAGUAUGUGCUUGGAAUUCGGAGUUGGACUGCCCGGGAAAGUCCUGGAAAUUUUGGUAAAAGCUAUUUGGAUCCACCGAAUGCCCGUUUCCCUCCUCUUCUUUUUGUUCCCGGAUAUGGUGUUCUUCAGGACUUGCAGUACGGGAAGCAGAAAGUGCUUCUCUUUUGCAUGUUGUUCUAGUUUCGAGCUGGUUACAACCACCGGAAGUCUUGUAAAACUCUCCAUGUACCAAGUGAAAUUCUGCAAAAAGUUUGCUUCUGGGCGGUGAGAUAUAGAAAUAUAAGCUGAAAAGACUUGCCUUUCGGCUUAGUUAAAUGGAAUAAGUGGAGCAUCGAAACAGGGAGGGAUGCCGAUUGCAUGGCGAAUCAGUUAUCCUUGCUUCAAAUUUGAUGCUCUUUCUUUGGUGGGUAAUCUCAAUUUUCAUAUUGAACAGGUAAAGAAUUUCAGAUUUCGAAACAGAGUUUCUGUUCUCAAUGGCUGCGAGUGUAGCGACAGGAAGCAGCAACCUCCAUUCUGGAUUCAAUACCAGCAGGCGUCUUCAGAGCGGUAGACAAUCAGCCUGUACUAACUCCCCAGCGCUUUCCUUCAAUGGAUGGUUGCACAAGGAUCUUUCAUGGUCUCAAGGGGCAUUCAAGGUCUUGGAGAUGCCAAAAAAAUGUAAUCUCUCUCAAUCAGCUGUAACAAGGAGGCUCAGUGUGUCAUCCUGCAUUGGAGAUGGUGGUUCCACAAAGUACUUUGAUUUUGCAGUCAUUGGAAGUGGGGUGGCUGGCCUCCGGUAUGCUCUUGAAGUCGCAAAGCAUGGAACUGUUGCAGUCAUCACCAAGGCCGAGCCUCAUGAGAGCAAUACAAAUUAUGCUCAAGGUGGUGUUAGUGCUGUUUUGUGUCCUAAAGACUCUGUAGAGAGCCACAUGCAGGACACAAUCGUAGCUGGAGCUUAUCUAUGUGAUGAAGAGACUGUCAGGGUUGUGUGCACAGAAGGCCCCGAGAGGAUUAGAGAGCUUAUAGCCAUGGGAGCAAUGUUUGACCAUGGGGAGGAUGGAAAUUUGCAUCUAGCAAGGGAAGGAGGGCACUCCCAUCGAAGGAUUGUCCAUGCUGCUGAUAUGACUGGUAGGGAGAUCGAGCGAGCUUUGCUGCAGGCAGUUAUCAAUGAUCCUAAUAUCUCCGUCUUCCAACAUCAUUUUGCUAUAGAUCUGCUAACUUCACAGGAUGGCCCUGACACAGUUUGCCGUGGUGUUGAUACUUUGAAUACUGAAACACAAGAGGUAAUUCGAUUUCUUUCAAGGGUCACAUUACUUGCAUCUGGUGGAGCUGGGCAUAUCUAUCCUUGCACAACAAAUCCCCUGGUGGCUACUGGAGAUGGGAUGGCUAUGGCUCAUAGAGCUCAAGCUGUGAUUUCGAAUAUGGAGUUUGUGCAAUUUCAUCCAACUGCUUUGGCCGAUGAAGGGCUUCCGAUAAAACUCAAAAAAACCCGAGAGAACGCCUUUCUCAUUUCCGAAGCUGUCAGAGGUGAUGGAGGCAUUCUGUACAAUUUAAGCAUGGAAAGGUUCAUGCCAAAAUAUGAUGAGAGAGCUGAGCUAGCUCCCCGUGAUGUGGUAGCAAGAGCAAUCGAUGAUCAGCUUAAGAAACAUAAUGAUAAAUAUGUUCUGCUUGACAUAAGCCAUAAGCCAAAGGAAAAGAUCUUAUCCCACUUCCCCAACAUAGCCGCUGAGUGCCUCCAGCAUGGGCUGGACAUUACUCAGCAGCCCAUUCCUGUUGUUCCAGCUGCACACUACAUGUGUGGCGGAGUCCGUGCUGGGCUUGAGGGUGAGACAAACGUGCGAGGUCUUUAUGUGGCAGGUGAGGUUGCUUGCACUGGUUUGCAUGGAGCAAAUAGACUUGCCAGCAACUCGUUGCUUGAGGCACUAGUUUUUGCUAGAAGAGCUGUCCAGCCCUCUAUCGACCACAAGAAAAGUUCUAGCCUUGAUCUCAGUGCUUCAAGUUGUUGGGCUCGCCCUGUAGUCCCCAAUGCUCUCGGAACUGAUACGAUGGAUACCAUAUUGGGCAAAACCGAGGAAGUGAGGAGAGAACUGCAAUCAAUUAUGUGGAGGUAUGUCGGGAUUGUUCGCUCAACAUCAAUGCUAAAAACUGCCUUAGAACGAGUGGAUCAGUUGGAAACACAGUGGGAGAAGUUCUUAUUCGAGCAGGGCUGGAAGCAGACAAUGGUGGCUCUCGAGGCUUGUGAAAUGAGGAACCUCUUCUGUAGUGCGAAACUGGUGGUGGGCAGCGCGAUGGCUAGGCAGGAAAGCCGAGGACUCCACUACACCAUCGAUUUCCCACAUGUCCAGGAAAGUAUGAGGCUGCCAACAGUGAUUUUCCCUUCCGCUGCUGUGAAUGGUACAUGGAGCUCACGGCAGCUACACAAAGAGGUUGUCUGUUAGGGAUGUAACAGGUUCUGUUCUUGAUAGUUUUCCGACCCGAAGCCGUUUUCUUUUAGGAUGCCCUUCGAUCAUUCUUUUACAUGAAAAUUUGUGCUGAACCAUUGUUUGGCAAUCAAUGAAAUGUGAUUAUCCUGGUUCUCUGCAAAUUGUAGCUCAGAUCUGGGGUUUUCUAUAGAGAAAGAAAUUAAUUAUCUAUAUCCUUGUCAAUCAGAAGCGUCAUAUGAACCUUUUGAGAUCCAUUGUUUCUCGAGACAUUAGCAGAUCUUCCUCAGCAGGGUAAAACUAAUGUUCCUAUAUUUGUUGCUGUACUAAGAUAAAUAUUAUGGUCUCUUUACAGUACGAUGUACUUUUUGACAAAACAAGAUGCAAGUGCUGACAUGUUUUCCUUUGUCUCUUACCAUAAAUCUUAUCCCCGUGA